AAUCUUCCAUUUCCACACCUCUGUCUCCCCGGUGUCUUUCCAAAAUCAUCAAAGUAAAAUUCCCGGUUGACUCCGAUCACCGGUCAAAUCUGAAAAAAGAAAAUGAGCGGACACGAUUCAAAGUAUUUCUCCACAACUAAAAAAGGUGAAAUCCCUGAGCUGAAAGAAGAACUCAAUUCUCAGUAUAAGGAUAAGAGAAAAGAUGCAGUUAAAAAGGUGAUUGCGGCUAUGACUGUUGGGAAGGAUGUUUCAUCACUAUUCACGGAUGUCCUCAACUGUAUGCAGACUGAAAAUUUGGAGCUCAAGAAGCUUGUUUACUUAUAUCUCAUCAAUUAUGCUAAAAGUCAACCUGACUUGGCCAUACUUGCAGUCAAUACAUUUGUGAAGGAUACACAGGAUCCGAAUCCUUUGAUUCGUGCUUUAGCUGUUAGAACAAUGGGAUGUAUUCGAGUUGAUAAAAUCACAGAAUAUCUUUGUGAUCCCCUCGAGAGGUGUCUCAAGGAUGAUGAUCCGUAUGUUCGAAAGACGGCUGCUAUAUGUGUUGCUAAACUUUAUGACAUUAAUGCCGAGUUAGUUGAAGAUAGGGGUUUUUUGGAUGCUCUCAAGGAUUUGAUAUCUGACAACAACCCUAUGGUAGUAGCCAAUGCUGUUGCAGCUCUUGCUGAAAUCCAAGAUAACAGCAGUAAACCCAUCUUUGAGAUCACCAGCAACACACUUACAAAGCUCCUCACAGCUCUUAAUGAAUGCACCGAGUGGGGUCAAGUUUUUAUUUUAGAUGCCCUUUCUAAGUACAAGGCCGCUGAUGCUCGUGAAGCUGAAAAUAUUGUCGAGAGAGUCACUCCCAGACUACAACAUGCAAAUUCUGCUGUAGUUCUUUCAGCUGUUAAGAUGAUUCUUCAACAAAUGGAACUCAUCACUAGUCCUGAUGUUAUUCGGAAUCUCUGCAAGAAAAUGGCCCCUCCUCUUGUAACAUUACUUUCUGCAGAACCUGAGAUUCAGUAUGUUGCCUUAAGGAACAUUAACCUUAUUGUACAACGGCGUCCUACAAUCCUUGCCCAUGAAAUUAAGGUGUUCUUCUGCAAGUACAAUGAUCCAAUUUAUGUGAAGAUGGAGAAAUUAGAGAUCAUGAUAAAGCUUGCUUCUGAUAGGAAUAUUGACCAGGUGCUAUUGGAGUUUAAAGAAUAUGCCACUGAAGUAGAUGUAGAUUUUGUCAGAAAGGCUGUCCGUGCUAUUGGACGUUGUGCUAUCAAGUUAGAGAGAGCAGCUGAGCGUUGCAUUAGUGUUCUUCUGGAGCUCAUCAAAAUUAAAGUAAAUUAUGUCGUUCAAGAAGCUAUAAUAGUCAUUAAAGAUAUUUUUAGAAGAUAUCCUAACACUUAUGAAUCUAUCAUUGCAACACUCUGUGAGAGUCUGGAUACUUUGGAUGAGCCAGAGGCCAAGGCGUCAAUGAUUUGGAUAAUUGGUGAGUAUGCUGAAAGAAUUGAUAAUGCUGAUGAACUUCUUGAAAGUUUUCUGGAGACUUUCCCUGAAGAACCUGCGCAAGUCCAAUUGCAGUUAUUGACAGCCACAGUCAAACUUUUUCUUAAGAAGCCAACUGAAGGACCACAGCAAAUGAUUCAGGUUGUAUUGAACAAUGCCACCGUGGAGACUGAUAAUCCAGAUCUGCGAGAUCGUGCUUACAUAUAUUGGCGUCUUCUAUCAACUGAUCCCGAGGCUGCUAAAGAUGUCGUUUUAGCUGAGAAGCCGGUGAUCAGCGACGAUUCGAAUCAAUAUGAUUCAUCCCUUCUUGAUGAGCUUCUAGCAAACAUUGCUACGGUAUCCUCUGUAUAUCAUAAACCCCCUGAGACAUUCAUAACUCGUGUGAAAACUGUUCAAACAACAGAAGAAGAAUACCCUGAUGGUAUUGAAGGAGGGUACACCGAAACAUCGUCUACAUUGGUUGCUGAUACUGGUGCAUCUCCUUUACCUUCUUCAACCACUGAUGCUGCAGCUAAGCAGCCAGUUCCUGCUCCUGUGCCAGAUUUACUUGAUCUCAUGGGUCUUGAUGGAGGUGACGAUAAUGCUGUUUCGGCUGAUCACUCAAUGGCCGCUGGGCCUCCUCUGCCUGUUCUGUUAGCAGCGGCAUCUGGUCAAGGUCUGGAAAUUAGUGGGCAGAUGGUACGGAAGGAUGGUCAGAUAUUUUACAGUUUAAUUUUCGAGAACAACGCAAAUAUCCCGUUAGAUGGAUUUAUGAUCCAGUUCAACAAGAAUACUUUUGGCCUUGCAGCUGGUGGUCCCCUUCAGGUCCCGCAAAUUCAACCAGGAACAUCAGCAAGAACCCUUCUUCCUAUGGUUCUGUUCCAGAAUAUAGCACCAGGUCCGCCAAACUCUCUUUUGCAGAUUGCGGUAAAGAAUAGUCAACAGCCCGUAUGGUACUUUAAUGAUAGAUUGUCAUUACUUGUGUUGUUUACGGAAGAUGGAAGAAUGGAACGCUCUACCUUCCUUGAGACAUGGAAGUCAUUACCAGACUCAAAUGAGGUGUCAAAGGAUAUACCAAGCAUUGUGAUAAACAAUGUGGAGGCAACCAUAGAGCAGUUGGGUUCCUCCAACAUGUUCUUCAUUGCCAAACGUAAAAAUGGGAAUCAGGAGGUUUUAUAUCUCUCAGCCAAACUCCCUAAAGGAAUCCCUUUCUUGAUUGAAAUUACCGCAACCAUUGGUGUUCCCGGACUCAAGUGUGCCAUAAAAUCUCCAAGCCCCGAGAUGGGUCCUUUAUUCUUUGAAGCCCUUGAAACUUUCCUCAGAGGUUGAUUCAUGUCGCUGUUUGUACAAACUUUUUUGGGGAUGUUAAGGUUCACUUGUCAUUCCCAGCGAACCGUUUUUAUAGGGAAUGUUGACUUGUUUGCAGCUCCAGUCACAUUGAUCAAGACAUUAGAUAAAUUUAUGGUAGGAGUGUUCAAGUUAUUUGGAUAUCAGAACUGUUGUAUCUGGGUUUUUUUUCCUUUCGAUUUUUGGUUACAAAUGGUUGUUCCUGUAAAGAUAUCGAAACAUACAUUAUAGUUUGCAAUUGAAAUACCAGCUAAUUUUGGAAAAA